AUGGCACAAUCCAUUUGCAGGUCCCACCAGAUGAUGUCCAUCUUUAUUGGAAUGAUCUUGCUUGUUUCCGCAGUCGAAUCCUUCCAAACGGCUAAGCGACCAUCGCCUUUGCAUAAAAAUGAAAUUGGCUACACAUCACGGCAUCCUUCCAGAUGUCAAAUGUCCACUGCUGAUGCCUCGACACAGCCGUCCUCGUCCUCGUCUCAAUCAACAAAAGCUUCCAAAGGAGAAGAAGAAGAAGAUACUACACGACCAGUCAGUAAACCAAAAGACCGAGAAUUUGACAUGCCCUGGUCCGAACUUCAAAAUUUCGCUUUGAGGGAUAAUCUGUCGAAAUAUACGGUCCGAAUUCCUCUCAAAGUCACCCAGGACAGCGACCAACAGGAGCCCCAGGUAUUUUGCUUGUGGAGAACCAUGCUCAGGGAAGUUCCCGAACUUGCCGGCUAUCCCAUUGACUUUUUGCAACAAAUGCACCGGCUACAAAUCGCGAAAAAUGAAACCUUGUUGGAAGUGACCCCAGGCCUUUUGCCGUAUUUAGAAGACUACGAAUUUGCCACCGCCGGUGGAGUUAGUGGUGCCAUUUAUGGUGUUCCAGGCUUGGAAGGUGGAACGAGGAUCCAGACCUCGGCAGUCAGUAACAUUGAGGUGACCUUGCCGCAAGGAUUCGUUCGAACCGUAGAUGGAUCGGCGGCCUACGAAGUGGGCAAGCCAAAGCGACAAGAGUUUGCCGAUCUGUCAUCGUCAUCAUCAGCGUCUUCUUCUUCUUCGUCCGAAGCGAUGGAACGGGGUGGAGAACUCUUGAACAGUGUUGCAAAUAAAGCAGGCGGAGCCAUGGAAAAGGUAGACUUGGAAGAAGGUGAUGCCAUGCUAGCACGAUUGGGGGCUUCUACAGCUAUUCUACUGGCAGGUGCUACCGCUGUGAACAUGUUGGCACACCACCUGACGGUCAAUGUGUUUUGGGUAUAG